GUCGUCUGUCUGCCAGCCUGCCUGCCUGUCAGAGUGGCAGUUUCGUUUGUCAUCCGGCGGAGUUCGAUAUGGACGAUAUGUAUGUUUGCAUUAGCGAAAAAGUGAAAAUUACCUAAACUAAUUGCUUCCUUGUUUGCUGUCGGGCAAAUUGCUAAAACGAAUGAAAGUUAGUGUUUUCCAGCGAAGAAACUUGAUUCGUUUGAAAUCAGCCAAUUCUGUGAACGGUGUUUUAUGUUGAUAUGUUUCAUUCAGAAAAGAUAGUAAUCUAAGAUGUCCAGUGCAAGGGAAUCCUGAAGUUUGGAGAACCAUAAACAACUUGCUUAUACGCUGCUGGGUCCUUUGUGGGAUGUGAUGUUUUCAAAGCAGUAUUAUACUGAUGCCGAUGAUGACGGAAAUGUCGAGUAUAUGCGGAUAGGAAUUGAACUGUUGAAUGAGUCAACCGAAAUACGAAUAAUUACUGCUUUCAAGAGAACUGAGUACUGACAAGCCAAAACAAAAGCUAAACGCAAAAAAAAAACAAUUUAUCAGCAAAACUCACUGCAGAAGCACAAAAACCAAAUUGGACAACUAAGGACUUGAUUAUUAGCGUCAUUUAAACUGCAGACUAAUGAAAUGUUAAAUAAGGUACAAAAGCUGAUAUUAGGGAUAGUCUUAUUGGUGCUUGUCGACAUUAUUUGGGUAUCAUCGAGUGAGCUAACAAAGUUUUUGUACGAAAAUGAGAACUACGAUAAGCCAUUUUUCUGCACCUACUUUAAGGCAUCAAUGUUCACAGUUUACUUGGUGUUCCUGGGGCUUAUUGCGCCAUGGAAGGAGAGCUGUAAUCGAACCGGGAGCUAUGCGUUGAUGGAAACCACAGAGGAGGACGACAAUUUCUAUGGGAAUGGAGCUUCUAGUUUGAGCGAUUCGUCCUUCGUCCCAAUCAAAGCGGAAUCCCAGGUAUCCGGAACGGAGAGUGACGAUUCCAGUAUACGGAGCGUACGGUUCAGCAAAGUUGCCGAGGUCCGCGAGAUGUCGCCCCACGAGGCAACAGAAGCCCUCAUGUCACGACUUUCGUACGCUGCUAGUUUGCGUGUACGACGCCAAAAAACUCACCACAAAACUGCGCGAACUGCACUGAUGUUUUCGAUUUUGUGGUUUAUUGCAAACUACAUGUUCCAGUUGGCCUUAGAACCAAGCGAAACGGCAAUGGUGACAUUACUGAGUUCUACUUCCAGCUUUUUCACCUUAAUUUUGGCCGCCAUGUUUCCGUCGUCGUGUGGUGACAAGCUCACCGUGUCGAAAAUAUUUGCAGUACUGUUUAGUAUUGCAGGGGCCGUUAUGGUUUCAAUCUCGGAAAUUAAUGAACCCAAAAUGUCACGGGGAAUCAUUUUGGCAAUAAUGAGCGCCUUUUUCUACGCCUCGUAUUUAGUGCUAGUCAAGCGGAAAAGUGACACAGAGGAGAAGAUAAAUAUUCCACUUUUCUUCGGAUUUGUAGGAAUGUGGAAUCUGUUGCUGCUGUGGCCUCUACUUUUCGUACUUAAUUUCUCCCAGCUGGAAGUGUUCGAGCUGCCAACGCGGAAACAAUUUUUAGUGUUGUUUCUCAACGGGCUUAUCGGGACUGUAUUAUCCGAAGCUCUGUGGUUGUGGGGAUGUUUUCUCACCUCAUCACUGAUCGGAACGGUUGCCAUCUCGUUACAAAUUCCGAUGGCGAUGCUGUUUGAUAUGGUGCUCCAUGGGAAAACCUACCCACUGAUGUUCUAUCUCGGUUCGUUACCGAUGUUUCUGUCACUAGUAUUCGUAGCGUUCCUAGUGAAGUUUGAUGACUCAGAUCCUUUGCUCAAGUUCUUCAAGCUGAUCUACCGACGGCUUCGACACUGUCGGAAAGCAAACAUCGUUCGAAUUCCUGACCUUGAGGAACAGCACGAGUCGUUGAUCGACGAUAGUCACGAGAACUAGCCCGCAGAUCCGAUCUGUUUGGACUCACUUCAGUAGCAGUUAUGUACAGUUCAAUGUGUGAUGUGUAUGCAAUUGGUUGGAGUUGCAAAUAGGAAUUGCAGAAGUCUUCUGUGUUUAAGUUUUUAUGUUCUGUUGGCAGUACUGUCAUUUUAGAUAAAUUAUUUUACCUUCACCGAAACAGAGAUAGCAUGCAAUUAAAACGGAAGAAGCGAUAGUGAUUAUAUGAUUGAAUGUGUUAGUUUUACUAUUUGCUGGUUUUAAAACAAGUAAUCAUAAAAAGUCGUCCCAUGAUCGUUAAACGAUAAAAUUGAUUGAUAACCGGGCGUUUUCGAUGUAUAUAACACAUUUUUAGUUUGAUCAAAAUUUUGGUUUCGUUCUGGUAUUAUUUGUUUCGACUAGUAUAAUCUCGAUGGCUCGGAAUCCAAGUGUGUAGUACAUCAGGUUCCGUAAAAUGCAAAGCGUUUCGUAUGUUCAUGAGUCAUAUUUUAUUUCUAGGAUCAAUUGUUUUUAGAUGUUAGAGAUUAAUGUAAAAAUAUUUGAUACGGAGUUUUCUUUAAAAAAAUAAGAAAAACACAGAAAUUAACAGUGCUAUUUAUUACUUUAUAUAUGAUAUAUGAACAAGUCAUAGAUAGAUAUGGUUUUAGCACAAAUGACGCAUUUCAGAAAUGUUUUCCUUAAAACUUAUUAACUAGGGUUUGAUGUCUAAUGCAAACAUGAUACAACUGAGAAAAAUCUAAAGCCACUAUUUAGGCUACAACACCAUACGAGUAUUUCAUAUGUAUAUUUUUGUGAAGAAGAAAUGGAAAAUCUCCCGAUAAAUAUAGUUCUUUGUCGUUCCGUUGUCCAAUUUCAUCAGUUGAUUAAGCUUUUCCAAAUGUCCAUGUAGGUUUACUUAUUACGAUUAGCACCAAUUCCUGUACUAAUAGUAUGUGUGUAGUUAUUUAGGCAAUAUACUCGAAAUCUAUGCAACUGUCACUACGUAUUACAGUAAAACAUGUUUAACCUAUAGCACCUAUGCACUCUACACCCAACUACAUUCCUAUAUAGGUUAGACUCUCGAGAGAAGUCUUAUUUGUGAUAAACUAGUUAAGAUAUACAGUAAAUAGAGCAUUCUUCUAGCGGAUAGAAGUUUAAUAAAAACCCCUGUUUUACACGUGCUAGCGAGAGCUAACUUAUACUCAUGAAACAAACACUAAAGGCAAAAAAAAAAAUAAAGAUCACCCAAAGUGUGUCUCUCACUGCAAAAGACUAAGGAUUUUCGAACAAUAAUGAAACAGAACCCAAUUCACAAAUAAAUAAUCUGAACAAAAAUAUUCACAAAAAACCUGUUUUAAUUCAUCU